UUCUUCCGCCACGCUCAACACGAGGGGUCACUGCAAGAGUGGCGUACCGGGGGUGUGGCUUGGGCAGCGGCAACCGCUGAUUGGCAGUGAAGGGGUUCACGCCCCAUCACCUGCUCGAGCAGAACGGGAACAGCCAAUCAGAGCGAGGACUGAUGGAAACGACCCAAUCCUGGAGACGGGCUGAGAGUGGGGGCGGGGACAAGUGGUUCAGGUGGAUUCAGGGCUGGAACUGUGCUGGGGAAGCUUCUUGCUCUUGCUGCUGCUGCUGUUCUUGGGAGUCCAAUCGCUAGCAAAAAGCCCUCUCAGAUUUGAGGGGAGCCAUGAGCCGGUUCCUGAAUGUGUUACGAAGCUGGCUGGUUAUGGUGUCCAUCAUCGCCAUGGGGAACACGCUACAGAGCUUCCGAGACCACACCUUUCUCUAUGAAAAGCUCUACACUGGCAAGCCAGACCUCGUGAAUGGCCUCCAAGCUCGGACCUUUGGAAUCUGGACGCUACUCUCAUCAGUGAUUCGCUGCCUCUGCGCCAUCGACAUUCACAACAAGAUGACAGCUGCAAAUGCUGACUUCUGUUUCCAGCAUUUUUUGAAAGCCCGGGACUUUGGUCCAAGGCCUUCUGAUAUGCACUCUGAUUCUAUUCCCAACCUAACUGGAAACUCAAAAUCAACUCCCAGCUGCUCUCACUUUCUGAGACAGUCUGUUCUCAGAAAUUCUGCCUAUUUAAUGUGUAUAUCUCUAAAUAAACCUGCUUUCACUUAAAAAAAAAAGACAACUCCCAUACAUACGUAUUUACUCAGUGUAUAAAAACAUGCACAGGAAUGAUAAAAAUCAAACUUAAGAUAUUCCUUCUGGGGAAAAGGAGGCAGAAGAAUGGGAUCAGGGUGGGAAAAGGAUACACAGGAGGCUUUAACUGAAAUCCGAAUAUUUUAUUUCUUAGAAAAAAAGUAUCUGAAGCAAAAAUGUCAAAAUAUUCAGAUUUUUUUGUAUAUUUGAAGUAUUUCAUAAUUUUUUAAAUUUCUUAGUUAAAAAAAAGGUACCAGCAAUCUAAGUGGUACCUUUAGAUUCAUCCUCUCUUCUCCACCUCUCUUGUCAAAGCCGAGGAACAAGUCCUCUUCCCAUGAGGGUGUCACUGUGUCCUCCAUCUGACCACCUUGCUAGGUUAAGAUGCAAAAUAUCCACCCCACGUUGCAAGAGCAUCUAAAGUCCCCAGAAAGGUCCUUGCUACCCUUUCCCCACACAUGCCCUUCGUUCUAUGGCAUCCAUCAUAUGAGCACUGACCAGCCCCUGGCCAAACAUCUGCCACGCGGGCUUGGACUAGAGUCAAGCCCAUUUGAGUAAGUAGAAUACGUAAGCAUGAUUGGUCCAAAAUUGUCUACAGUGCCUAGGAUUGCCAUACUGCAGACUCUGCUUUGCUAUUGCUGGCUUCACCACCUUGCUAAGUAAGACUUGCAGAGGCCCUCUGGUUGCCUGGACCAUUCCCCUCUCAGUUUGGCAGUUGAAAUCUUCAAUUUUGCCCUAGAUGUGAAUAAAUUGAUGUGAUCAAGCAGCCAGGUCUUUCCCAGGACCAAGUCUCCUUUUUCUUUAGCCAUAGUCAUAUCCUGGGUUUUGAUUUGUGUGUUUCAAGUCUGAUCACUGCUUUUCCUCUGCACUGAACAAGCUGUACCUUCAGUCCCGUUUCUGUCUGCUCCG